CCUCCUCGCCACCGCUGGGACUGAUCAUAACCGCUUGAAAUUCGUUUGCUAACCAAAGGCUCUUAGAAAAGUGAACUAUUGAGUAUUGCACAUCAAGAUGCCGCAAGAAGUCUCUCUCCGCACUAGUGAGGGUUGUGAAGAUGUGGGCAGCACUCCUGCCGUGGGCCCGAUGCGACGACAAGGAAUCGUGGUCUGCCGGAAAUUGCCCAGAGAAAGUAUCCUGGUAUCCAGCAACUCUCCGCGACGCAAUCGCAAGAGGAACGUCAGCUUCUCCGCUGAGCUUAUUCUCGAGUCGGCUGUGCGAUCUGGUGAGCUGAACGAAGUGAGAAAAUUCCUACAGACAGUCAACCCAUCAGCCAUUGACCAGCUUUGUCCCAAUUCCGGGGUUACCAUUCUUCAUCAGAGUGUGCUCAACUGUGAUGCUGACAUGACCCAACUGAUUGUCAACUAUGGUGCCAAUAUCGAGCGACGUGAUGUUGAUGGCUGGACUCCCCUUCAAGCCGCAGCGGCCAUGAGUGCCGAUGCCUGCGUGAAGGUUCUAUUACAGGCUGGAGCCGAUCCCUACGCCAAGACCCUGGAUAGCAACGAGUCAGCGCUAGACUUGGUCGAUGUAGUCGACCCGACUAGUGUUCGCUGCGUCAAGCACUUGGUGAGUGCAAUGCGACAUGCCAAUCCUCACAACCUCCCUGAUUAUUCCGCAGGAGCACGUGACAGCUUUGCAUCACUGAGCAGCAUAUCUACAUGUGGCAGCAUUGGCAGUACGUUCAGUUCUUCCACCACCGGCAGCUGUCCAUCGCCAUUGCUUCUCUCUUCUCCACCAUCAGCAGCACCGUCUCCCUCACUAUCGCGGAGUCGGAGUGAGGACAGUGGAAUUGAUUGCAUCGACAGUGGCAGCGCUGUCCUCAGAACAACAAGCGUAACGCCGCGCCAAGACAGCGUAUCGCCACUGUGCCUAGAAAAACACACCAAGACAUCUCUCACUACAUCCCGCACCGCUCCAGUACAACAGACCUCCCAAGAUAGCGGUGAUGGGUCAUGUGACGUCACGGACAGCCAUCAAUCCUCGUCUAGGAAGCUCCGGGAGCGGGAGAACUCCUGUCAACGGUUGACACCUGCAACGUCGGAUAGUGAUUCGGAUUGUGAUUUGGAGGCUGAAAGGUGUGGUAGUGUUUUAACCACAUGGAAGGCCCACACGGCUAGCUCUCCCAUGGAGCCUCAAUCAACAUCAGCUGCGCAAUUAUCAUUGAACUCUGUUUGCAAUGACGUUGACGUGGUAAUCAACACUGGAAGUGUAGCAAGGGGCAGACGAAGAACAGUCUCCGGAGCAAACAGAGCCAGUGCCACAACACAUCAACACGACGCUGUGCCGCAUCGACGACUCUCAUUCGUCUAAGCACUGCCAUCGUGUGUACUUGUCUAUAACAGUCUUGCAGGGUGAUGUGCUGAGCACUCGGCUUACUACUGCAACCACUAUUCUUACGGCUUGUUUUUGCUUUUGCUGCUGCUGCUGCUGCUCUAACAACUAACACUAACAUUGUACUUGUGCCAUUACAACCAGCUGUACGCAAUAUUACGCCUUGAUUACGCUUUGAUAACGUACGUGUUGAGCAUUUAUAUUAUUAUAUUUAUUGAGUUGAUUGGGAUCGAGAAGCCUUCCCUUUUCAAAAUAGCCUAUUACUGUCCAUCGCAAUUACUAACUACAGGUGCAGUGUACUAAUCAUGCGGGUAUUCUGAUUUAGAAUACCUUCAUCUUCCUCCUAGCUUUCACACAAGUUCACACUGCCACGUCAUCCUCAUUGUGAUAUCAGGAAUUACACCAAAGUUA